AUGGAUAAAUUUCUUAAACUAGACGCAGAAUUCACACAAGAUGCGAAGGUGUUCAAAAGAAUAAUGAGGAAAAUUGUAUUUAAAGACGCCAUCACACUAGACUCGUAUCUUUCUCUUAUAAAACUUCCACUUUUCAAGAAAUUGCUAUACAAUGACUUUUACAAAUCAGAUGAGUUGAGGGCGAGCUACGAAGAAAUCGUAAGAAAAGAGACAAGUGGAGUCGAGAAAAUGAUCUUUCAACUUUUGUGCAAAAGACCUGUUGGAUUCAAGGACAUAAAGCUCAAGUUUCUCUUUUAUAAAGAGUUUCCAGAUCAAAGAGAAUACUUUGUUAAUGAAAACCCAACGGUAAUCUUUGAAGCCCAGGAUUUGCUGUUCAGACAGGUAUAUUUCCAUGAAAACGUAAAGGGAAAAAUGCAAAACCUGAUCCAAAAAUCUCCAUUUAAACACAAAAUAUUUUUCAUACUGGCAAUGAAAAAUUGCUUAAGCUUGAGUUUCAUGAAAGACGUAAUAUUUAAUAUUAAGGAGCAUCAAAGCCUGAUUAGAAAAGAGUUUAAUCUAAAAGACUCUGAGUUUUUCAAAUACUGGGUCCUGGCCCUCAAAUCAUUGCCUGAAAAGGAGUUCUAUGCAAUAGUAACAUCUGAAAUGGUCUAUUCACCCUUUAUUGAAAAAAUCCAAUUGCUAAGGGCAGUUGAAGAUUUGGUUAGCCAUCAAAAACUAAGUUUGUGCAUUCUAAAGGAAUGCUUCAAUUCUGAACUCCCAAUAGUAAGAAUCUAUGUUGUGUUUCUAAAGAUUACCGAGAUGCUGUGUCUCGCAUAUGGAUUUAAACUAAAGCUACUUUACUCAUGGCUGAGAUACUUCCUGUAUGAAAGGCAGAUCGAUUUAUUUUUUGAUUUAAUGGGGAAGCAUGAAGAAGGCAAAGAAAAAAGACAGGGAAUUUGA